UUGGCCCACGGACAAGAGCUCCCCAUGAAAAACAUGGCCAGAUCAAAGAGAAGAGUGCGCUUCUGCGUGUCUGCCGCUGUGCUGUGCGUAAUUGCUAUCGUGUUAUGUGUCGUAGUUUUUACCAACCGAGUGUACUGCGAUGGGGGCUUCAAACACGCGGCAGUGUCGGCCGAUUCAGAAACAUGCUCGGAAAUAGGAAGGGACAUCCUGCAACAAGGAGGUUCGGCAGUAGAUGGCGCCAUUGCAACGCUUUUGUGCACCUCCCUCGUCAACCCGCAGAGCAUGGGCCUCGGUGGGGGGGCGAUAUUCACCGUGCUGGAGAAGACUGGUAAGGUAAAGGUCAUCAAUUCGAGAGAGACCGUGCCCAAGGUGUUCAAUCCAGACCUAAUAAAGCUAUGCCCCCAAAACUUAACAGGUGGUCAGUGGAUUGGCGUCCCUGGGGAGAUCCGUGGGUAUGAAGUUGCUCACAGGCUAUAUGGGAAGCUGCCCUGGGCAGACCUUUUUAAGCCUGCUAUCAGAAUGGCCCGAGAGGGCUUCCCCAUGCCCCCCAUUCUAAGCCGGAUCCUUUCGCUCACGCUGGCCGGCGCUGAAACUUCACCCUUAUGUGAGGUGUUUUGCCAUAAGAAUGGGACGCUGCUUAAAGUUGGAGACACGGUGAAGUACAAAAAGCUGGCAGACACAUUGGAGGUCAUUGCAUACAAAGGGGCAGGUGCCUUCUAUAAUGGGUCAAUAGGAAGAGACCUAAUCCAGGAUGUAGAAAACGCAGGUGGAACGUUAUCCUUGGAAGAUCUGCAGUCGUUCAAAGUUAAAGUGACAGACGCGUGGACUGUUCCCCUGGGAGACUACAUAAUGCAUGUCCCCCCACCGCCAGCAGGGGGAGCUCUUAUCGCCUUCAUCCUCAACAUCAUGAAAGGUUUCAGCCUCAGCCCAGCGUCCAUGGAGGGUGACCAAACAACCCUGACUUACCACCGCUACGUUGAGGCGUGCAAAUUUGCGAAUGGGCAGAAGAAAUAUGUCCUUGACCCCAGUUUCAACUCUGACAGCGCAGCAUCCCGGUUGAUAAGGGAAGAGUUUGCGGAACGUAUCAGAUCGAUGAUCAGCGGUGGUACCCAUGAUUUCCAGUACUAUAAUGUCUCUUCUUCAUUGGACAGCCAGGGGACCACCCACGUGUCAGUCCUGGCUGAAGACGGCACGGCGGUUUCAGUCACCAGUACCAUUAACCACAUCUUUGGGUCUAGGGUUUACUCUAACAAAACUGGGAUCAUCCUUAACAAUGAACUGGCUGAUUUCUGUGGGAAAGUGGAUCACAUCUCUGCCGGGGAGCAGCCCCCUUCCUCCAUGUCUCCUCUCGUGCUGUACUCUAACUCUAGAGAGAAGACGCUGGUGAUUGGGGGGUCAGGGGGCGGCAUGAUCAUCACUGGCGUAGCCCUGACACUCAUGAACCACCUGUGGUUUGGGAUGGAUCUGGAAGAAGCCAUUUCUGCUCCUGUGGUGUUUGUGGACUCCAAAAACUCGCUUAAGUUUGAGCCCAAAUUUAACAAGACUGUGGUGGAAGCACUGAAGGCGCUAGGACACACCGUGGCAGAGCAGAAAAUCUUCUACAACGUCGUCAACGCUGUGGCAAAGAAGGGCAGCUGCAUCAACGCUGUGUCGGAUGCCAGGAAACAGGGGAAAGCAGCGGGAUACUGACCCGGAGGAGGUGUGGUCACUGAAAGGCCAUGUAGUUAUAUGCCUUGCAUUCCAUAUUUUUACUGCAAUAUGCAUAUUUACUCGGCUACAUGACGUGGUAACGGGUGGGCCUUUUUUUUGUGAGAGAAUGUACUGGGAUGCUUUGUUAAAUGUGAUAUUUAUGUAGUGAUGUGA